AUGAACGAAUCUGCGACUAUAAGCGGGUUGAAGUUCGGGAUUGCUGGCUUGUCGGGUUUCUCUCCGAUCGAUAGGAUGACUCUUAGGUAUCUUGAUGUGACUUUAAAUGAUUAUAGCAUAAUUGAAUCUUGUGGUAAUGAAGAAGAUGGAGUAGUUCAUGUUGAUGUUUCUUUCUUACAUGGUGUUGAUGAAGACGGAGUAAUCUUGUGCAACAACAUGCCCUAA